GUAUAUAAGGAGAGAGGUGCCAUGGUUUAGUUGUACAGAGGCAACCAUGGGCAAGCUACUGAUCUGUGUUGGACUCGCUCUCCUGCUGCACGCGCAGCUAGGAUCCUCCUAUCUGCUGUCCUGUUACUUCACCAACUGGGGGCAGUACAGACCAGGCGCCGGGAAGUACUUCCCCACUAACGUGGACCCAUGCCUUUGUGACCACCUGAUCUACGCCUUCGCCUCCAUGAACAACAACGAGAUUGUCACCUAUGAGUGGGACGACGUGAAGCUCUACGGCGAGUUCCAGGCCCUGAAGAACCAGAACAGCAACCUGAAGACUCUCCUGGCCAUCGGAGGCUGGAACUUUGGGACAGCAAAGUUCCACGCCAUGGUCUCCACCUCCGCCACCCGUCAGACCUUCACCGCCUCCGUGAUCAAGUUCCUGAGACAGUACGAGUUUGACGGUCUGGACAUCGACUGGGAGUACCCUGGCUCCAGAGGCAGUCCUCCCGAGGACAAGCAGCUGUACACCACCCUGGUGCAGGAAAUGAUGGCCGCCUUUGAGGCUGAGGCCAAGCAGACUAACCGCCCUCGCCUCAUGCUGACCGCCGCCGUGUCCGCAGGAAAGGGCACCAUCGACUCCGCCUACCAGAUCGCUCAGAUUGGCCAGGUCCUGGACUACCUGCACGUCAUGACCUACGACUUCCAUGGUAGCUGGGAGCGGCAGACCGGUGAGAACAGCCCCCUGUACAAAGGACCUUCUGACCAGGGCUCCUACAUCUACUUCAACGUGGACUAUGCCCUGAACUACUGGAAGAGCAAUGGCGCCCCCGCUGAGAAACUCCUGGUCGGGUUCCCCACCUACGGACACACCUGGAAACUGGCCGGGUCCCAGACUGGGGUGGGAGCCCCCGCCGCCGGACCUGGACCCGCGGGACCCUACACCAGGCAGUCAGGCUUCUGGGCCUACUACGAGAUCUGCACCUUCCUGAAGCAGGGCGGCACCGAGGCCUGGGACGCACCCCAGGACGUCCCCUACGCCUUCAACACCGCCACCGGCGUCUGGGUCGGCUACGACAACGUCAAGAGCUUCCAGAUCAAGAUUGACUGGCUGAAGAAGAACCAGUACGGAGGUGCCAUGGUGUGGAGUCUGGACCUGGAUGACUUCAGCGGGACCUUCUGUGGCCAGGGGCCAUACCCUCUGAUCAGCACCCUGAAGAGUGGACUGGCGGGGGAAGGAGCAGGCUGCUCUGCCCCCGCCAAGCCCCUGCCCCCUGUCACCCAGGCCCCUGCUCAGCCCCAGCCCCCUGCCACCCAGAGCCCCAAUGCCCCCCCACAGCCUGGCAGCGGCUUCUGCGCGGGAAAGGCCAAUGGCCUCUACCCCGACCCCAGCAACAAGAACCACUUCUACGAGUGCAGCCAGGGGCAGACCUACCAGCAGCACUGCGCCACGGGCCUGGUGUUCGACGCCAGCUGCUCCUGCUGCAACUGGGCCUAGGACAGCCUCCGUCCCGACAACCCCGACGCCCGGACACCUCCGCCAGUCUGCGGUCGGGUCCCAUCCCCACGCGUCUGCAAAUCUCAAAUCCCAUUCUGUAAAAAACAAAACACGAGAAAAUAAAUAAAUCUUGCUGAGCAAUCUA